AAGAGGCAUAGUACUCUGGUGACUCAAAGCUCUCUCACUUGAACCGGACGUCGCCGUCGCUACUAUUCGACACGUGUCGUUUCUCGCUGUCUCUCUCUUUCGUGUUUCUGGGGCUGGUUCGGACCACCUCGAGAGCGAGUCCGAUCAAGGUGGCCAAAAAUCACGGAACCACAACCCCACCCAUCCACCGCGAUAUAAGUUUGGACCGAGCCAUCCGCAGCGUUCCCAUAUUCCUUCCACACCACGUGUAUUAUUAGGGUUUGAGUGGGUCGUGUUAGGGAUCAUUGGUCUGUUAAGUUCAUCAUGAGCGACGGGGGCGGCGGCGGCGGCAAUCAUUUGGUGGCUGUUCAACCUGACGACCUCAAGUUCCAAUUUGAGCUGGAAAAGCAAAGCUACUGUGAUCUUAAAGUUGUGAACAAAACAGAACAUCAUGUUGCUUUUAAGGUUAAAACCACUUCACCUAAAAAGUACUUUGUGCGGCCCAACACUGGCGUUAUUCAGCCUUGGGACUCAUGUUUCAUAAGAGUCACUCUCCAAGCCCAGCAAGAAUAUCCUCCAGAUAUGCAGUGUAAAGAUAAAUUUCUCUUGCAGAGCACAAUAGUGCCUCCGCAUACUGAUGUUGAUGAACUUCCGCAAGAUACUUUUAACAAGGACAGUGGAAGGGCAGUAGAAGAAUGCAAGCUUAGAGUUCUGUAUAUCUCUCCUGCCUCAGCACAUGCAAACUCAGAAAAUCAAGCAUUAGCGGGAUCUACUCAAAGUCCUGAUACUAACUCUAACCAGGCUGUGCAGCACCUGAAGGAUGAAAGAGAUGCAGCUGUUCAACAAACACAGCAACUGCAACAAGAACUGGACAUGCUGAAGAGACGAAGACCUCAAAAAACUGAUCAUGGCUUCUCACUUACUUUUGCAAUCAUUGUGGCACUUAUUGGCAUCGUGGCUGGCUUCCUGUUGAACUUUUCAUUGUCUUCACCGUCGGCAGAAUGAUUCGAUACUUUACAGGAUUCGGAAGAUUUUAUUUUUCUUGUCUGUUUCACUGUAUAAUUUUAACGCUUAGUUGGAUGUUGCAUAUUUUCUUUGCUGCUUUUGUAUAUUGGUCAUAGUAAAUCCGUUGUGGUCAGCUGGUUCACAAAUUAUGUUAUUUUCCAUUCGCAGGUUACUCCCAAUGUAAUAGUGAAAAUUUGGGAGAAGUUCUUGACCUGAGAGUUCUCGACUCCGGGGCUUAGAGUGGGAGAGGGAUAGACAGAUGACUUGUUAUUGAGUAUUUAAUGUUGCACGAGAAAUUUACUUGGACAACUAUAAAUGAUACGGGGUCUACUUUAUG